AUGCACCGCCUCGUCGCCUUCUCCCCGCCCGCCGCCGCCGAUCCUCCUCGCCCGCUGCGGCCUGGGCGGCGGCCGUCGGCGCGUACAAGAUCUACCACCACCCGGCCGUCGCGAGAGCGCCGCCGCCUCGUCGCGCCUUCGCCGCCGCCAUCGCGGCCUUUCGCUGACGCCGCCGCGUCGUCCGCCGCGCCAGCAGCGCCUGGUGGUAACCUCGAUCUCGCCGACUUCGUCCGGUCCGGCGCGGACGAGGUCCCCAGCAGCGUCAAGCAGCUGGCCAAGCUUCGCCGCCUCCCUGAGGUCUCCGCCACCGUCUCCACCCUAUCCGAGGCGGUGACCUCCGGAUGCUUUCCAGGGCGCGGAUCCUCUAGCUCCGGGCCCGGAUCCGGCGGUACCGUGGCCCUCUCCGAUCGUCUCGUGAGACAAGCUCUUCUCCGACUCAGGCGAAGCGCCUCGCGGCAGCGGUUGCCGGAGCUUCGCCCGCCAUCUCGUGCUUUCGCCUUUUACGCCGCUCCUUCACCUCGGGGAGGCGUCCUCCUCCUCCUCCUCCCCGGCGAUGUGGGUCAACGUGGUUGCGACUGGAAAGUGCCGAAGGCGAUAAGCAACUGGGUUGAGGUCUUCGUGGGCACCGCUGUGAGGGAGUUCAUUGACAAGACCAUCCACAUCAACACCUACGAGCAGCUCUUCGAGGGCCUCACCAAUCCGAGACAUGAUGCCAAGGUCAAGGAAUUGCUUGUUUCAGUGUGCAAUGGUGCGGUUGAGACUUUAGUGAAGACCACUCACCAUGCCCUGUACAAUACUAAUGGCAAUUUGGAUCCAAGUGGUAGUGGCAGUGGCAAUGGAGUUGGGGAAGGGAGAGUCACAUUUGAGACUGUGAGGUCAUUUCUGGAGUUUGUUCUUUGGAAGCUGCAGGAUGGGGCCAGGAAGGGCAGUGACUCCUUUGUUGACAGUGGGCUGCGCGUGGUGAGGUAUAUGAGCGAUAAGUCCAUGGUUAUCGCCACGAUCUGCAUUACAUUGUGCUUGCAUGUGUUGAAUGGGACUAGGCUCUUGGUAACAGCUUGA